CGUGGUGUAUCACUACUAAGCCGUGUUAACUGCACAGAAUCUUCAUGCACGAAAGAUGUGGUUCAAAGGAUUAAGAAUAGCUCACGUCCUGCUGGGUGCUACAGUGGGCCUGAGUGGGGCAUGCAUGUCAUUUGGAAGUGUGAUAACUAGUGAUAACCGGGCAACCAGCAUGAUGAUGUACGACUGAACUCUCCCUGACGUCAAUAACUGGGUGGAAUCCUCAGAUACUGUGAGAGAACCAGGCAUGUCAAAGGGAGCAUUUGUAUUACAGAAAACCCAGCUGUUCCAGAGGGCGGUGAUGUUUUCCAUGAUCAACCCGCAGCCCAAUGGUGCAGGUUUUGUUGGCUUUAACAGUCAGGACACCUGGGACUUGAGUUCCUACAAUGGGAUAGAGUUGAAGGUCCGGGGCCAAGGUGACAACUAUGUGUAUAAAGUGAAUUUGAGACAUAAUGGAGAGGGAACAGGUGGAAUUGCCUAUGAAAUCUUUUAUGAGGUUCCCCAAAACGAGUGGACACACAUUACCCUUCCCUUCACUGCAUUCAAGCCCUACUACCGUGGCCAGGAAGUGCCAGAUGCAGAGCCCCUCAACACCUCCAACAUCACAACCAUCACCUUGCAGAUUGUUGGCGGAGUCUACAGUGACUUCAAACAACGUGGGGCAUCAUCUCUGGAAGUAGAUUACAUACAAGCAGUGAAUUAAUGCCAGCGGCAAUUACUGACGGUGCUGCACUGUGGCACAAUAUCUUCAAGAAUUAUUAUCCUAUCUAAGUACAGUUUGCUGACAAGUAAAUUAAGGACACAAAGGUAUAUUUCAUCAGUAUGGGAGGUUGGAUAUAGGUAAACCCAGAUGUAUAUAUAAGAAAUAGCUGGUCCAUACCUUGUCGAUGGUAUUGGUGGUGUUUAUAGUGCUUCCUGACAACCAUGAGUAUUAAUUUGUUCCAUACACACUAUUUAGUGACAAGAUCAGCCCACCUGCAAAAUAAUUAACAAAUAUGAGUUUAGUUACUCUUUGCCAAAAUAAGAGUGGUACAAUACAUAGUGGGUGGACAGCAGUGAACUUUGUGUUUCUUUACGGAAAAGUGAGUGGUUCAUAAUUGUAUAUAUAAUUUACUCGACCUUGGUGGUGUUGAUAAUAAAAUUUUUAACAGUU